UCAACUCUUCCUGGACAAGAAGAAGAAUUCACAUUGAGGAAGUAUAAAGAAGACUUGGGGAAGCCAUAUAAUAGAAUUACAUUAUAUUUAUGUCCUGAUGAACCCGACAAUAUGAAUUCAGAAGACAUUGGCAGUGAUGAUCACCAUCAGUAUGAUCGUGAUCAAAAUGUCAGGAAAAAGGAACAAAAAGAAAAUGACACUGCAGGAUAUAUUGGUCCACAAAACAGUGAUGAUGGUAAAUGUCCCAUUGAAAUUGAUUCAGAUUCUGAAAGACAACUUGAUAGAAUCAAUUCUAGUAACAGUGUACCACCAAGUUAUGGCGCAACACAACAACAUGAUAAGAGCUCUAGUUCCAAUAAUAAUAUUGUGCAAAGUAAUGAAAUUGAUGCAUCUUCAUCUGAUACAAUGAUGUUGCUUACUGCUAAUGAUGACUUGCUGUAUGCAUCUUUGCUUUUUGAUGAGAAUAUGCAUUGGAGUGAUUCAGAAAGCGAAUAUUUACAGGACCCAGCAGUACCAUUGGAGAUUACAGAUGAUGACAAAUCUUUGCAAGACAUACUUUCAAAUUUAAAUACUCAAAUUAACUCCAAUGAAAUAUCCAAGUUUAAUAUAAGUCGAAGUCAUUUGGGAAGGGGCUAUGAUGUUGGGAAUGCUGAAGGAGCUGUCGAUUCUGGGGGCCCGAUGAGAGAAUUCUUCACUCUCAUUAUUGAGUGGAUGUUAUGCUCUCAGUUGUUUUGUGGUAGUGAAAGAGGAAAGUGUUUGUCAAUUAAUUCCAAUUACCUGAAUAAUGACUUUUACUUUCAUGCUGGUCAGCUUAUAGCAAUGUCAGUAGUACAUGGUGGGCCUGGUCCCAGAUGUUUCAGUCAGUCUCUCUAUGAUGCAUUGACAAUUGGGGUGCAGAGAGCAUCUGUAGAUGUAGAAGAUGUCUAUGAUUUUGAGCUACAAGGCUCUCUUAAAUCUUUUGUAAGUUCCCCAACAGUUGAAGAAGCUCAAACUGUAAUAUCAAACAGCAAUUUAGAAACAAUUUUUGAUCUUGCUGGAACCCUUGAGGUGCUUAAGACAAAAGAAGAUGUUUUUAAUGCUUCAGCAGGAUUAAAACCAACGUCUAGUUAG